UGAAUGCAACUGGGACAUAAAACUACUGCUUGUGGCCCUCAAAGCGGUCGGUGCUGAGCUGGUACCUGCAGGUCCGAGUCCUGCCCGCUGGAUUUCCCCCUCCUCCCCUGGUCGCCGCUUGGCAAGGGUGACUCUCGAAUGGUGUUGAAAUUACUGGAGAUCACACGCACUUGAGAGACUCCAUUCGGGCAAGAGGUUUUUCUUCCUCCAGGGCCACUGCGUGUCUAAUAUUUAGACAUGGUCAGCUUCCUGGAUUCAAGGACUUUACUGCUACUUGCAGCCGCACAUGUGUGCCUAUUAGCCGUUGUCAGAUGUCAGGACAACAACCAGGAGGAUGCAUCUACCUGCUUGCAGGAUGGACAACGCUAUAGUGACAAGGACGUGUGGAAGCCCGAGCCGUGUCGCAUCUGCGUGUGCGACACCGGGACCGUCCUGUGCGACGAAAUAGUCUGCGACGAGCUCAGAGACUGCCCCAAGCCCGAAAUCCCAUUCGGAGAGUGUUGCCCCAUCUGCGCCGCUGACCCAUCAACGCCCAUUGGAACACCUGGAUCUAAGGGCCAGAAAGGGGAACCCGGAGAUAUUACUGAUGUUAUAGGACCAAGAGGACCAGCUGGCCCAAUGGGCCCACCAGGUGAGCAGGGACAUCGAGGACCAAGAGGAGAAAAGGGAGAGAGGGGAACACCAGGUCCACGUGGCAGAGAUGGCGAGCCUGGCACCCCAGGAAACCCUGGACCCCCUGGACCACCAGGCCCUAAUGGACCCCCUGGCCUUGGUGGAAACUUUGCUGCUCAGAUGGCAGGCGGCUUCGACGAGAAGGCCGGUGGUGGCGCUCAAAUGGGUGUGAUGCAAGGACCUAUGGGCCCAAUGGGUCCCCGCGGACCACCUGGCCCAACUGGAUCCCCUGGCCCUCAAGGAUUCCAAGGUAGCCCAGGAGAGGCUGGAGAACCAGGACAAUCUGGUCCCAUGGGACCUCGUGGACCCCCAGGGCCUUCUGGAAAACCUGGAGAUGAUGGCGAGGCUGGCAAACCUGGCAAAUCAGGUGAGCGUGGGCCUUCUGGACCUCAGGGAGCACGCGGAUUCCCUGGAACGCCCGGGCUGCCUGGCAUCAAGGGACAUCGAGGAUACCCUGGUCUUGAUGGAGCAAAGGGAGAGACUGGUGCAGUUGGGGCAAAGGGAGAGUCUGGUGCUGGUGGAGAGAGUGGAGCUCCUGGACCAAUGGGGCCUCGAGGUCUUCCGGGUGAGAGAGGACGUCCUGGACCCAGUGGUGUUGCUGGUGCCCGUGGUAAUGAUGGUUUGCCUGGUCCUGCCGGUCCCCCGGGCCCGGUUGGUCCUUCUGGAGCUCCGGGCUUCCCUGGCUCUCCUGGUUCAAAGGGAGAAGCUGGUCCCACUGGUGCUCGCGGACCAGAGGGUGCUCAGGGACCCCGCGGAGAGUCAGGCACACCUGGAUCAUCUGGACCUUCUGGCGCUUCUGGAAACCCUGGUACCGAUGGGAUCCCUGGAUCUAAGGGAUCAUCUGGUGCUCCCGGUAUCGCAGGCGCUCCCGGCUUCCCGGGACCUCGUGGGCCUCCCGGGCCUCAGGGAGCAACCGGACCUCUCGGGCCAAAAGGAACAUCUGGAGAUCCAGGUAUCACGGGCUUCAAGGGAGAGGCUGGGCCUAAAGGAGAGAUUGGACCAGCUGGUCCUCAGGGAGCCCCCGGCCCACAAGGAGAAGAGGGCAAAAGAGGACCCAGAGGGGAACCUGGUGCUGCUGGACCACUUGGACCUCACGGAGAGAGAGGAUCUCCUGGUAACCGUGGCUUCCCAGGUCAGGAUGGUCUGGCUGGUCCCAAGGGUGCCCCCGGUGAGCGCGGACCCGCCGGUGCCAGUGGUCCAAAGGGUGCUAAUGGUGACCCCGGCCGUCCUGGAGAGUCUGGUCUACCUGGUGCCAGAGGUCUUACAGGACGUCCCGGUGAUGCGGGUCCCCAAGGCAAAGUCGGACCUUCUGGAGCUCCCGGUGAAGAUGGCCGACCAGGACCCCCAGGGCCACAGGGGGCACGCGGACAACCUGGCGUUAUGGGAUUCCCUGGCCCCAAAGGAGCAACUGGCGAACCUGGCAAAUCUGGAGAAAAGGGAUUGGUUGGAGCUCAUGGUCUGAGAGGUUUGCCUGGCAAAGAUGGUGAAACUGGUGCUGCCGGACCUCCUGGUCCUGCUGGCCCCGCUGGUGAGAGAGGAGAGCAAGGUCAGCCAGGUCCUUCUGGUUUCCAGGGUCUGCCUGGCCCGCCCGGUCCCCCUGGCGAGGGAGGCAAGCCUGGAGAUCAGGGUGUUCCAGGAGAAGGUGGAGCUGCCGGUGCCACUGGACCCAGGGGAGAGCGCGGCUUCCCCGGAGAGAGAGGAGCCGCCGGCCCUCAGGGUCUGCAGGGACCCCGCGGCCUGCCCGGAACUCCUGGAACUGACGGCCCCAAGGGUGCCAUUGGACCUGCUGGAGGUGCUGGAGCUCAGGGACCUCCUGGUCUGCAGGGUAUGCCCGGAGAGAGAGGCGGCUCAGGUAUUCCAGGACCCAAAGGAGACAGAGGUGACAUUGGAGAAAAAGGACCUGAAGGUGCUCCAGGAAAAGACGGCGGAAGGGGUCUUACUGGUCCCAUCGGCCCUCCUGGUCCUGGUGGUCCCAAUGGAGAAAAAGGUGAAUCUGGUCCAGCUGGUCCUUCUGGUGCUCCUGGUACCCGCGGCGCUCCUGGUGAUCGAGGCGAGACUGGGCCUCCUGGGCCAGUUGGAUUUGCUGGACCCCCUGGCUCUGAUGGACAACCUGGACUUAAGGGAGAGAUGGGAGAGUCUGGCCAGAAGGGUGACGCCGGUGCCCCCGGCCCACAAGGACCAUCCGGUGCCCCUGGCCCCGCUGGCCCAACUGGUGUUUCUGGACCCAAAGGCGCACGUGGUGCUCAGGGACCUUCCGGUGCCACCGGUUUCCCUGGAGCCGCCGGCCGAGUCGGACCCCCUGGUCCCAAUGGCAAUCCUGGACCCGCCGGUCCCGCAGGUCCAUCUGGCAAAGACGGCCCCAAGGGCGUGAGGGGAGACGGUGGCCCCCCAGGCAGACAGGGCGACGCUGGGCUCCGUGGUCCUGCUGGGGCUCCUGGAGAGAAGGGAGACGCUGGAGAGGAUGGUCCUCCUGGUGCUCUCGGGCCCUCUGGUCCUCAAGGUUUGGCCGGCCAGCGUGGUAUUGUGGGUUUGCCCGGACAGCGUGGCGAGAGAGGCUUCCCCGGCCUUCCUGGACCCUCUGGCGAGCCUGGAAAGCAAGGAGCCCCCGGCGGCAGCGGAGACCGCGGACCCCCCGGGCCCGUCGGACCGCCCGGGCUCACCGGACCUGCGGGAGAGCCCGGCAGAGAGGGCAGCCCUGGAUCUGAUGGACCUCCUGGUAGAGAUGGUUCUCCUGGAAUCAAGGGUGACCGCGGAAACACCGGUCCAGCCGGUGCUCCUGGUGCCCCAGGUGCCCCCGGAUCCACGGGCCCGGUUGGUCCCACUGGAAAGCAGGGAAACCGAGGAGAGGCUGGCGCACAAGGACCCGCCGGACCUCCGGGACCUGCUGGAGCUAGAGGAAUGCCCGGACCCCAAGGACCUCGUGGUGACAAGGGUGAAGGUGGAGAGUCUGGUGAGAGAGGACAGAAGGGACACAGAGGUUUCACCGGUCUGCAGGGUUUGCCUGGACCUCCGGGUCAAGCUGGAGACCAGGGCGCUACUGGACCUGCUGGACCUUCUGGACAAAGAGGACCACCUGGACCUAUUGGGCCCAGUGGAAAGGAGGGUACGAAUGGUUUGCCUGGACCCAUCGGACCCCCCGGACCUCGCGGUCGUGGUGGAGAUACUGGUCCUUCAGGCCCUCCCGGAAACCCCGGCCCCCCCGGACCUCCCGGUCCCCCCGGCCCCGGCAUCGACAUGUCCGCCUUUGCCGGCCUGGGUCACACAGAGAAGUCUCCCGACCCUCUCAGGUACAUGAGAGCCGACCAGGCUUCCGGAAACCUGCGUCAGCACGACGCCGAGGUGGACGCCACGCUCAAGUCCCUCAACAACCAGAUUGAGAACAUCCGCAGUCCCGAGGGGUCCAAGAAGAACCCUGCUCGUACCUGUAGGGACCUCAAACUCUGCCAUCCCGACUGGAAGAGCGGAGAGUACUGGAUCGACCCCAAUCAGGGUUGCACGGUGGACGCCAUUAAAGUAUUCUGCAACAUGGAGACAGGCGAAUCUUGCGUCCGCUCCAAACCGUCCAGCAUCCCGCGCAAGAACUGGUGGUCCAGCAAGAGCAAAGACCGCAAACAUGUGUGGUUCGGAGAGACCAUGAACGGAGGAUUCCACUUCAGCUACGGUGACGACAACCUGGCGCCUAACACGGCAGCGAUCCAGAUGACGUUCCUGCGCCUGCUGUCUACCGAGGCGUCACAGAACAUCACCUACCACUGUAAGAACAGUGUGGCCUACAUGGACGCCGCCGCUGGCAACCUGAAGAAGGCCGUGCUGCUGCAGGGCUCUAACGACGUGGAAAUCCGCGCCGAGGGCAACAGCCGAUUCACCUACAGCGUCAUGGAGGAUGGCUGCACGAGACACACGGGCAAGUGGGGCAAGACAGUCUUUGAAUACCGAUCGCAGAAGACCUCGCGCCUUCCCAUCGUGGACGUGGCCCCCAUGGACAUCGGCGGUCCCGAGCAGGAGUUCGGCGUGGAAGUGGGCGCAGUCUGUUUCUUGUAAUAAGACGUGCCAGGACGAAGAGAAAAAAAUCCCAAAAAAUAAAAGUGGAGCACCAGGAGAGAAAUCAAGACACUUUUUCCUUUCUUUUUUGUUUUUUUUAAUGGGACUUCUUUUGCUAAGUCAAAAAAGUGUUUAAUUCCCCCCUCUCUAAAUUGAACUGACUACGUAGGAUAGAUAUACCUGCACUGAAAGGCGCCGCCAACCAACCAACAGCAGCAUCUCACCUUCACAGCUUCAUGUGUCCGUGUUAUUUAUUUAUUGUUUGGGCUCUGUGUGUUGCUUGAAGUCAAUAAAAAGCCCACCUACACAUGUUGCAUUAAAAAAAAUAACAAAAAACAGUCAUAUCUACAGAUAUUUCUCAUAUCAACUAUUACUGUGUAUUCUUACAAUGGUGCUAUAGUUCCAUACAUUUUUAUUCCAAAGAAAAGUAUGUUCCUUUGCCGAGCAGGUGCCUUUGCUCCAUCAUUUUUUAAAUUUUAUUUUCACGCACCCAACUCAAAGUUUGUCGUCUUUUUGUUUUCCAAUUAUGAAGCUACCUCACACGGCAUCAAAAAUGAGGACAAAAAUCGACUAAAUGUUUGUUUACAGACCCCUGAACAAAAAAAAAAGAAAAUAAAAGGCGAGAAUUCGUCCCCUACACAAAGUGUGACUUGACUUUAUUUUGAAAGAAACAAAAAAGCUCACGUGCGUGCGUGAUGUUGUGUAUAUUUUUUUAUUAUUAAUAAUAAUAAUAUGAUUGAUAAUAGCAUUCUUUUAUUAAUUUUAUGUUCGUGACUUUUUUUUUUGUUAAUGUAAAUUGGAAAAUAAAAGACAAAAAUCAAGGUUGACGGCUGUUUUUUUUUUUUUUUUCACGCUGGAAAAAAUUUCAAUUGCAAUUUUUGAUACGCCAAUGCUGAAAAAAAAAAUGUGAGUCUGUGCUUGACUAAACAUGUUCAGUAAACUCAAAUGAUUCUUCUGUGGACUUUUGUGUUCAU